AUGCGAGAAGAGCCCUCGCUCAGGCCAUCGGGUUUUGGAACGAGAUACCUAACAGAUCAAGAAAAAGUAUGGGAACACAAUGCUUGGGAUAACGUCGAAUGGAAUGACGAGAUGGAAGAAAGGGCGCAACGCACUGUUGAAGAGCAGCGAAGUGCACCCGUAGAGGCGGAAGCUGCGUCUUCAUUGCUAGCAGAGCCAGCGAAACAGUGGGACGCGUUCUACUCGCAACACAACAACAAAUUCUUUAUGGACCGAAAUUGGCUUCUCAAAGAGUUCCCCGAGCUGGAUACAACAAAAUACCCACAGGACGCUAAAGUUCGUGCACUAGAAGUCGGAUGUGGCGUGGGAAACACGUCUUUUCCGUUAUUACAAUGGGAUACGGAUCGAAAAUUGUACCUCUAUUCAUGUGACUAUUCGAGCGUAGCAGUCGAUGUGUUGAAGAAAAAUGAGGCUUAUGAUGAAAGCCAUGGGAAGGCAUUUGUUUGGGAUAUCACAAUGCCGCACCCUGAUGUGAUCGAGCCUGGGACGCUAGAUAUAAUUGUUUGCAUUUACGUCUUAUCCGCUAUUCAUCCAUCCAAGACAAAAACGGCCAUCGAAAACCUGAAAUCGCUCUUGAAGCCAGGCGGAUGUCUGCUCGUCAAGGAUUACGGGCGCUUUGACCUGACUCAACUACGAUUCAAGAAAAACCGGUUAAUUGAGGAGAAUUUGUAUUGCAGAGGAGAUGGAACAUUGGUUUAUUUCAGGCCGAUGCCCAACGACGGCCUAUAUGUAGCCGUCGCCGAGGUAAUUGAGCGAGUACAAGAAAAGAAGCAAAACCUCCGGUCAGCAGUUUAUGACCAUUCGUAUCAGAACAAAAAGAAACUUCUGCGGCUGACUUGUGAAACCGUGAAAUAUGCCGCUCUCUUUGACGCACUUCUAGAAUACCCAGAAAUUUCUCCACUGCUAGACGAACCGGCUUUUGAAGGCAGCGUUGCUUUCAUACAUGUGCUCCUUUACGAAUUUUUGAUCGGGACUGAUCUGAAAUCGGCCACUUCUCGCUUGAAAAGACCGAUUUUUGGGAUAGCUUCGACAAUCCAAGAAAAGGAGAAGGCAUUGUCCGCUAAAGGUUUUGGCAUUGACGCGAUAAAAAAGAAAGCGCAGGAUACGCAGAUCGAGAUCCCUCGAUAUGCUCGCAUUAAUGAGGUGAAAUGGACUCGAACGGAGGCGCUCGAUGCGUUGAAGCAAGACUCUUGGAAGGUUGUCGAACUCGCUGAAGGCGAGACUUUUGCUGAGCGCGUGGCACGGCUACAAUCUGAUGAGGUAUUGCUGGAUCCACACAUUCCCGAGCUGCUCGUAUUCACAAACAGCUCUGAUUUCCACAGCUACUGGAUGACAGAGCAACGGUACCUCAUUAUGCAGGACAAGGCAUCUUGUCUACCUGCCUACCUGUUAGCACCACCACAAGGGGCUCAUUGCCUAGACGCGUGCGCAGCCCCCGGAAAUAAGACCUCUCACUUGGCGGCCAUUGUUGGAGAGAAUGGUAUCGUCUACGCAUUUGACCGGGCGGCCGACCGAGUGCAAACGAUGAAGCGCCUUCUAAGCCAAUCCGGCGUCACAAAUAUCGCUCACGUGGAGAAUGCGGACUUUCUGAGGACGGAUUUCACAGAAUCGAGAUGGAAUUCGGUGGAAUAUGCUGUCGUGGACCCGCCGUGCAGCGGAUCGGGUAUGGUGAAGCGGCUGGAUGAAUGGACGGGCGGUGAUGCACAAAAAGAAAGACUCGGAAAGCUGGCUAAUUUACAAGCGAUGCUUCUGAAACAUACGCUCAAGUUCCCGGCCCUGAGACGCGUCGUCUAUUCCACCUGCUCCCUGCACGAGGAGGAGAACGAGCAGGUUGUUCAGGAGGUGCUCAGGGAGUUUGGAGAUGAAUGGGAACUGUCAAAGGAUGAACUACCGAAUUGGCAUCUGCGCGGAAUGGACACCUACGAAUUUGGGGCUUGCUGCCUACGCGCUGAUCCCAAGACCACGCUGACGAACGGCUUCUUCGUUGCCGUCUUUGUAAAGCGCGGAGUCGAAACCAAGGAAAAGAAGAAGAAAGCCAAGAAACGAAGGCUGGAUGCGGACGACGAA